CAAAUAUUAUAUCACGGAAAAGGGAGUGAGUGAAAGAAAAAGAAGAGAGCGAUCGAGAGAGAAGGUUGGAGCGGUUGGUGUUGGAGGUCUUGGCCGCGAUAGGGAAGGUGCUGCGUGCGGCGGAGCACGGAGGCCGUGAACGUGAAGGGUGAGUCAUAUCUCCGGCGCGGUGGCUGAACACCUUGGAGACAUUGGUGAGCGCCGUUGGCUUUCUGGUUGGCAAGGUUCUGCUUAGUCUGCACCAAGAAAAAAGUAAUAGUUGAAUGGAAGAAAAUAUGGAAGUGAGUGGAAGUGGAGGUCGAAAGGAGAAGAGGAAGGAAAUGAAGAGAUUGAAGCGGAAGCAGAAAAGGAAGGAGAUGGCGGAGAAGGAGCGGAUGGAGGAAGAGGCACGCCUUAACGAUCCUGAGGAGCUGAUGAGGCUGCAGUUGAUAGAGCAGCAAGAAGCCGAGAGGAUGGAAAAGGACAGGAUUGCCUUUGACCAGAGAGAGAAGGCUUUCAUUGAGACCAUCAAUCUCAACAAACAGCUUCAACUUCAACUUCAACAACAAUCCCCCAAAUCCAACCACAACACUGGUGUUGAUGUUGAUGUUGAUGAUGAGUACGUGGAGAUGGAGGAAGAGGGGCCACCAGAGAUUAUUUGGCAAGGGAAUGAGAUCAUAUUCAAGAAGAAAAAGGUCAGAGUUAGGGUUUCGGACAAGGAAGCCAAUCCAAUUCAUAGCCAGGAGCAGGGUGUCGUCGGUGAUGAUAGACCUACAUCAAAUCCCUUUCCCCCGGAAUCUCAAUCUCACACCAAUUCAGCGGCGCUGCUCGACAAUGUUGCUCGACAAGUACCGAAUUUCGGAACAGAACAGGAUAAAGACCAUUGUCCUUUUCAUCUAAAAACUGGAGCAUGUCGUUUCGGUCAACGUUGUAGCAGAGUCCAUUUUUACCCUGACAAGUCCUGCACCAUCCUGAUCAAAAACAUGUAUAAUGGUCCUGGCCUCGCAUGGGAGCAGGAUGAGGGCCUUGAGUAUACAGAUGAGGAGGUUGAAAGCUGUUUUGAAGAAUUUUAUGAGGAUGUUCACACAGAAUUCCUGAAGUUUGGAGAAAUUGUGAACUUCAAGGUGUGUAAAAAUGGUUCAUUUCACUUGCGAGGAAAUGUCUAUGUACAGUAUAAAUUAUUGGAUUCUGCUCUACUUGCUUAUAAUUCGGUUAAUGGUCGAUACUUUGCUGGGAAACAGGUAAGUUGUGAAUUUAUUAAUUUGACAAGAUGGAAGGUUGCCAUAUGUGGCGAGUAUAUGAAAUCAGGUUUCAAGACUUGUUCCCAUGGAACAGCAUGCAACUUUAUCCACUGCUUCCGCAAUCCUGGUGGAGACUAUGAAUGGGCUGAUUCUGACAAACCACCCCCAAAAUUUUGGGUGAGAAAAAUGGCUGCUUUAUUUGGUUAUUCUGAUGACUAUGAGAUCUUAAGGGAGCAAGGGAAUCUAAGUGUGCAGAGCUACAGGAACAUGUCAAAAACAGAUUCUGACAGGCAUCACUCAAGAAGAUCACAAUCUGGGGAGAUGGAUCAAUUAAAUAGUGGUUAUUCUGAUAGAAGAAAACACGAAGAUGAAAGAAAUCAAAGAACUCCCAAUGAGGGAAAGAAACGCAGAGACAGAACUCCUGAUACUGAUUCUGAUAAGGAAUGGUUAGAAGAAGAGGAAGAUAGAGUAAAGCACCACAGAUACACUAGGAAAAGCUCAAUCAAUAAGAAUAAUAAGAGAAGCCAUGAAGAGGAUUCUGAUGUGGACUGGACUACUAAAACUAGGGGAAAUAAAAAGCAGCAUGACAGAGAAGGAAGAAACUCACAAAAGUCGAACUGGGACACUAGGAACUGGAAUUGUGAGACUGGAUCAGAUGGGGAUAGAGAUAGAAAAAGACACCAUAUUAACCAAGAAGAUCAAGAUAUUAUGCAUCACUCAAGAAGAUCAAGAUCUAUAAAGAUGGACCAGUUAAAUAGUGGUUGUUCUCAUAGAAGAAAACAGGAACGUGAAAGGAAGGAGAGGACUCCUGAUGAGGAAAGGAGUACCAACAUUAAGGACAAUCUUAAAAAGAAGUGCAGAGGCAGAACUCCUGAUACUGAUUCUGAUAAGGAAUGGUCAGAUGAAGAGCAGACUAGGAAAAACUCGCAUAAUAGGAACCAUAGCAGUAACCACGAAGAGGAUUCUGAUGUGGAUUGCGGUACUAUAACUAGGGACAAUGAAAAGCAGCCUUACAGCAAAGGAAGAAACUCACAUUGUGGGAACUGGAUUUAUGAGACUGGAUCAGACAGAGGUAGAGAUAGGAAAAAACAUCAUAUUGACCGAAGGUCAAGCUCAAGAUAUCAGAGCAGGGAUAGCAGUCAUGUAACCGCUGAAUCUGAAUCUGAAUCUGACAACGAUAGAGGAGAGAUGGAAUCACAACAUGAUUACUCUAGGAAAAGCUUGAGACACAUGAGAUAUGACCUUCAGAAUUACUGUGAAGACUAUGAGAAUGAAAAUGACAAAAUUGAUGGAGGUUGGUCUCAGAGGGAGAGUGAACGAGCAGCACAUCAUCACAAAAAGAAGAGAGCUUGUUAAAAUCAUUUUCAAGUUAUUUAUAAGAUAGGGAUGAGUUUCUAAGUCAGAUCACUGAGAAUAUGCAUCAUUAGCUACUAAUUAGAGAUUAUCAGUUAUAGUUGUUAGUUUUCCAUAGUUUUAAGUUGUGACCUGUUUCAAUCAAAAUAAUGUAGGAAGUAUUGGAAAUCAUCUGUAUUUCAAAAGUUAAUGGUUGGCAAUUUUUAAAUUAGUGACAAUCUAUCUAUUAUAAUUAUAA